UGCGUGGUUAGAGAGAGCUCAGAACGCGUGGGAGGACGACAACGACGUGGGUGAGUCCGGGUACCCAUCAUGGAGGGCAACGUGAGAAGGAGAGGCAUGCUGUACAUCCAACAGCAACGUUUUGGAAAGCGAUGGAAGAAGAUGUGGUGCGUGCUGCACGGAGAGAGCAGGUGUUCCGUAGCCCACCUGGAGCUGUACGAGUACAAACAAGGCUCCGAGAUGGCCUCCUCUUCCUCCUCCUCCUCUUCCUCCUCCUCCACCUCCUCCUCUGGGUCCUAUGGAGGCGGCAGAACAGAUGCCAGCGCGCUCCGUAGGCAGGACAGCAAGCGCAUCAUCCUGCUGAGGGACUGUGUCAGCGUGGAGGAGCUGGACCUGCUGGACUGCCCCAACAACUGCGUCCCCUUCCUGGUGGAGACCAAGGAGAAGCGCUUCCUCUUCGCGUCGCCCUUCACGGACCUCAGGCACUGGGUCUCAGGCCUGUGCGAGCUGGCCUUCCCCAUGAAUAGAGCGGAAGGUGGAGCACAGGGACCUCUUGCUCGGCAGCAGUCAGUGAAGAACACACCGGCACCACCAGCACCUGCCCAAAUGGUGGAGAACUCGCUCUAUGAAAGGACAUAUAAAGCAGGUGACUUCCCAGUGUCCAUCGUGAGAACAGAGGCCUCGGACAGAUGGCAGCUGAACGGCGCGUACAUCCUGUCACCUGAAGCCGACCGCAUGGUCCUCAAGGACCCCAUCUGUAAGGAGAUCCUCUUCGUCUGGCCUUACAGCCUGGUCAGAAAGUUUGGCCAAGACAAGACCACGUUUUCCUUCGAGGCGGGCCGCAGAUGUGAGACCGGCGAGGGCAUCUUUGAGUUUGCCACCAGCGGUGCCGAGAGCCUCUUCAGGAUAAUCAACACGGCCAUCAACAGUGCUCAGCGGCGGCACAGGGCCUCUUUGAAGCCGUCCAGACGCGCGCCGAUAACAUCGGCACCGCUGCCACCACCACCGGCGCCCCCACCGGCCGAGGAGGAGUUCGACCCCCCAGCGCACUGCUCCAUCUCCACGAUCCAGGUGGACGCCAGUGGCCAUCAGGUCCCCGAGAGUGUGGUAACUGGUGCAGCACCACAGUCACCUCUGCUGCCAACAGCUCAAGGAGGGGUGGGAGUGGGAGUGGGGGUGGGGGUGGGUGUGAGGGCGGGGUUGGGGGCGCCUCCAAAGCCGAACCGUGAGCUGAAAAGACUCACGGCUUCUCUGCGGAGCCAGUCGCUCAACGCCAUCAAGCUGCCCAAGAAGGACCUGGUGAGGCACAUCUCCAGCUGCCCGCCGCUCCAGCCCCACCCCCAGGAGCCACAGCCAGCCCCGCCGGAGGUCAUCUACGCCAAGGUCGCCCGGCAGAAACACAGACAUCAGCUGCCAUCCCAGGCGCAGGUGCAGGUGCAGGGCCAGGGCCAGGGUCAGGCGGUGGGGCUGGAAGAUGAGAUGAAGGAGGGGGAGGGAGAAGCCUGUUGUGGUGGGGGCGGUGAAGGGGGAGGUGGUGGGCAAGCACGCCGCGUGUGA